GGCGAGGCGGGCAGGGCCAGGCCGGGCCGGGCCGGGCCGGACCGGGCGGAGGAGGAGGCACCAUGCAGGCGCGGCGCUUGGCCAAGCGCUCCAGCAUGGGCAGCCGGCGGCUGAGCGCCGGGCCGGUCGCCGCGCAGGCGGACGCGGGCCGGCUCCCCAAGCCCGAGAGCGCCUGGAGGCCGCCCCGGCGGGAGGGCUCCGCUGCGGCGCUGGAGGAGGAGGACGAAGACGAGGAUGUGGUGGUGGAGGUAGAGGAGGAGGAGGAAGAAGAAGAGGGCGGCCUGGGGAGUCCCCCCCCAGCGGUGACCGGACACGGCAAGGGUCCCCUCCGCGGGAGCCUCAAGGCAGCCAGCAUCAAGCGUGAAAUGACCUUUCCUGCAUUUCAGCAGGAGGAUGUAAAAUAUGACGUCAGUCAAAAACUGCCAGACCAGCAGUUUCUCCUGUUCACCACAAAGGAGGAAGAUUUAAAAACAGCAGAGACCAAAAAACCAAACAGAGCUCAUGAGUAUGAGAAGGAAAACACUCGUUCUGUUUGCCUUCUGGAACAGAAGCGCAAGGUUGUUUCUUCAAAUAUUGAUGUGCCUCCAGCAAGAAAAUCAUCUGAAGAGCUGGACAUGGAUAAAGUAACAGCAGCCAUGGUACUCACCAGUUUAUCCACCAGCCCCUUGGUCCGCAGCCCUCCUGUCCGACCCAACGAAUCCAUAAAUGGAUCUUGGAAGGAAGGAGGAUUUGUGCCUUCUAGUACCAGCAGCAGUGGAUACUGGAGCUGGAAUGCUCCCAGUGACCAGUCCAACCCAUCCACCCCAUCUCCACCUCUGUCAGCUGAUAGCUUCAAAGCUUUUCGGACACCUUCCCAGACAGAUGAUGGUAUUGACGAAGCCGAAACAAGCAACCUUCUCUUUGAUGAACCCAUUCCUAGGAAGAGAAAGAACUCCAUGAAGGUGAUGUUCAAAUGCCUGUGGAAAAACUGUGGGAAGGUACUGAGCACAGCUGCAGGGAUUCAGAAACACAUACGGACCAUUCACCUUGGACGUGUAGGAGAGUCUGACUACAGUGAUGGAGAGGAGGAUUUUUACUACACAGAAAUCAGGCUCAAUACGGACUCAGUAGCUGAUGGUUUAAGCAGUCUUUCCCCAGUCUCUCCAUCUUUAGCAUCUCCUCCUGCCUUUCCUACCCAAGAUGCAGUCCGUCCCGAAACUUCCUGUGCCAAAACUGAGACUAAAUUGAUGACACCUCUGAGCCGCUCAGCUCCUACCAACCUCUACCUCGUACACACGGACCAUGCUUACCAGGCAACUCCUCCAGUGAACAUUCCAGGGUCAGCAAAAUUCACUCCCAAUGGCAGUAGCUUUAGCAUCUCUUGGCAGUCGCCUCCAGUUACCUUCACCGGCAUUCCAGUCUCACCAACUCAUAAUCGUCCUGCAGGGAGUGGAGAGCAGAAACAGUCCCACACAGUUCUUUCAUCACCGCCUAGAGUAGCAUUUGGCUUGAGGAAGCCUAGAGGGGAGGGGAAAAAGUGUCGGAAGGUCUAUGGGAUGGAGAACAGAGAUAUGUGGUGUACUGCCUGCCGAUGGAAGAAGGCCUGCCAAAGGUUCAUCGACUAAAGAUUGAAAUUGUGCAGAGGAUUUUGGGAUGGGGGAGGACAACAGCAGAACCAGAUUGCUCAGCUGCACUGUAUCACUUCCCGUUUUCCCUCCAGUGAUGUGGUGUUGGGGGUUUUGUUUUUUCGGGGUGUUUUUUUUAAAGAGCUUUGUAUUUCAAAGUGAAGCACUUGUAGCCAAGGAAAAGCACUAAUCAAAACCUGUGUGGAGCAAUAGAGAAAAAAAACAAGGCAAGCGAAACCAAGAGCAUAAGCAGAAAUCUAAGUAUGGAAACCAGAGCAGCUAUUAGUGUUUUUCUGUAAAAGAAAGGAAAAAGUUAAUUUUUUGCUAACUCUAUGAGCUACUUGCUCCCUAAGAUCAUUUUUAACCAUUUCAGUCUCUGUGCCGUGAACGUCUGUAUUUGCUAAACUGAACACUUUUACUGAAACAAAGAUCUCUUUUUGAAAGCUUUCUAAUAAACACUUCAGAGUCCUAUAAGCUACAGUUUUCUCAGCAAAAGCUGUACUAAGACUGGAGACUGCUAAAUAAUUUUCCUGAUACAAAUCGUCAUGAUUAUAUUGUAUUUUUGGAAAGGGCAUGUGGGGAGGAGUUGGGAUUUUCAUUUGUUUGUUUAUGGGAGCCAAGCAAAGUCUGAAUUCACAAGAAGGACAAGCAGUGCUCCUGGAAGAUUCUUAAACCAGGCACAGAUCAGUGGAGUGGAACAAACUUAUUUAAGUACCAAAUUGGAUUUUGAUACUCUAGACGAAGAAAAGCAGCAAUGGAAAGUCACCAGCAGAUACUGUCACAACAAGAAGUUGAGAGAAGAAAUCCAGGGAUGCUUGCUUGAACCUGUAAGAAUAAAAUGGGGGUCCAGUAGCUUGUCUUGCCGCUCCCCCAUUCCUGAGGGAGGAUGAAGAGUUGGACCAGUGCGCCUGUUCCUGCAGGAGGCCUAUAAAGAACUGGUAAAUGCAGCCACUAAGAUUAUAUGUAAUACCUGUUCAGGGACAUGAUCCAGCCCAGCAGUUCUGCUCUUUGCUUCCUUUUCUCUUAUUUGAGAGAUUGUUGUUAAGAUAAGGUUUGCUCAGCUUUUUUUUUUUUUUCACCUUAUUAUAGUUUCUAAGGUUUAUUUGAUGCAAAAAGUUGGUAGAGAAAAGAAAAUGCCCCCUUUCCACAACAUCAUCUCAUAAAUAGAAGUUCAGCAGCAAAGGAGCGAUGUAUUUAUGGUAAAAAAGUCCAUUUCUUAACUAAUCUUGAUACACUAAUUAACAAAUUUCUGUACUUGCAGGGCUUGGAGAGAUCUGGGUACUUCAGUUUCUCUGUCUGUGAAGACAGACAAUUGUCUAAGAUGUCUCUAAGGGGACUCAAAGUAUCUAAACAGCUAAAAUCUAGUCCAGAAUUGACUUGAUAGCUUUAUGAAGUGUGCAUUGCUGCUUAUGCCUAUGUAAAAGCACAGAACAACAAUGCAGUCGUUUAGAAUAUACACUGUGAAUUCAGUGAAGUAGUACUGAGAAGUAAAAUCUAUAAUAGGAGCUACUGAAGCUUAUCAUCUGAUUUUCUUUGAACAAGUUAAUUGGGCAAUCAGAUGCCUCAUUUGAGCACACUAUUGCUGCAGUUAUUUACAAAUGGUGUGAUUUACAUGCACAAGUGGCAAGACACACUUGCAUGCACCCAGUUAUGUGUUUUUUUGCCCAAUGUGUUCUCUAAGUCAUUAAAGAAAGAAAGAAAAAUAAGAUUGAAAUCUAGUAAGACCUUGAAAUAUAUACGCGUGUGUGUAUGAGUAUAUAUAUCUAUAUGAAACUAGAUAUUGUGUAGUUACAUAUACAUAUAUAUAUGGGAUCACCAGGGAGGAGAAAGAUUGUUUUCUUUAUAAAUACAAAACCCAAGACACUAAAGGUCAGUGGGUAUGCAUAGCCACUGUAUUAUCUUCUUUACUCUUAGUAAAAUGUGGGUCAUGGUAUUUCUUUGGAUGUUGUAUUUUUUUCAAUUUCCUUAGUAAAAUACCUCAUAGUAAUUUGUAGUCAUUUCAGCUUCAAACACUGAGCUUACUGAUGGUUCUACUUUGGUAGAACUUAGAAAAUGUGGGAUCUUUCCAAGAUACUCCUGCCAGUUUCCCCCCCUCCCGCCUCAAUUUUUACAAGCACUCUGAGACUAAUUAUGAAGUGUUCCAUAAUUAAUUUUACUAUCGUUAGACUGGCAGUAUUUGCCUCUAUAUUUGUUGUUCCCCUCCUUUUAUAUUUUCCCUUUUUGCUUUGGAAGAUUUUAUUGGAAAAUAAUGUAUCAAAUUGUAUAUUGUUUCUGUAAUGUCAUGGCAUCGUGAGCACCUUCCCGAGGGCACUUUACAAAUUAUUGUAAUAAGAUUAUUCUUUAUGAAUUUCUGCACGGAAGAAUGGUUUUGUUGCCAGACCAGAUUGCCCUCUGGUACAGAUUUGAUACGGAUUACACAGAGGCACAAAAGCCACAGAUUGUCAAAGCGCGAUAGGAAGCUGGUGUUAACGAAACAGAGGACAGAAGAUACUUGGUAAAUCCUGCCAGGACAAAGCUCAGUUACCAGUGUUUUUACACAACAUUUAAUCAGCAGUUUAUAUUAAAUCAGUUUUGCAUCUUAUGGCUGUGGCAUUUUGAUUCAAAAGCAGGCACUUCUCCAGUUACCAUGGAUAGCGGUAGAGAGGCAGCGUGGCCACCUGGACCCACAUGAAGCGCUCACCAGUCGCUUCGUGCCUUGAACUCAGAUUACUUCAUGUUGCACGAGCACUGCGGCUCCCACCAGGAUCCCCUUCACCCUCCUGACACACCCAGCAGAGAACAGAAACGUCAGCAAAGCCUUUCCUGUGCUGACAGCGCCAGCAUAAUUUGGAAUAAGCUCUUCUGGUUUUCAGUCUGUUGCUUCUGUGUUGCUCUAAGCUGUGUCACUGUCCUUCUAAUGUCCAUGCAUCUCAAACUGCUGCACCAGCCUCUCUGGAAGAGUCAGAUUUUUCUGUUUUCCCAAGAAAGGGCUAGCCUGAAUGCUGUGGGCAUCUGUCAUCAUCAGUACAUGCCAUUUCCCCUAUUGUGGUUUCUCUGCAGGAGGUAGGUGAUUGUCUCUAACUCCCAGAGGAGUGACCCGAAUGCAUCACACAGCCUCUGUGUGCUGCAGGGAUUUGGAUGUGGGUUUGUUCAUGUCAAGAGCCAGAGCUUCCCCCUGAAAUACAAAAAAUGGCAGGAUCUAUUUUGUUGGCUUUAACCACUUACUAGUAUUGAUGCUGGUAACAGAAAUCACCAACAUCAGUAUCAGUGGAGAUCAGCUGUACAGAUCCCUAAUACUUUUCUUCAGGCGUUGUCUUGCUUAACAAAGCUGUUUCCCACUUCCCCCUCUACUCCAUCCCCCAAAGAUACAGAAAAAAAAGAUAAUUUUAGAAGUGAAAACUUAUAAUGGCAAUUUUUAAAAUGUCACUGUGCUCCAACUGCUCCUAUAUGAAGCUAUUGGAUGUUACAAACUCAGAUCAUCACAGUCAUAAAACAGUUUCCACCCAAAACAAUGUGCCUGAUUCUCUAGUGCCUUGCACGAAUAUAACAAGAUGCAAAGGGAGCAAGAGCUCUUCUAUUCCAAUUAGCAGGUUUACACUGACUUUUAACCAAUGCCACUUGUCACCUGUUGGGUAUCUGUUGUUGUGUAAACCAAACCUGUAUGCCCUGAUGGUGUGAAUAAGCUGAGCAGAAUGCCUGUCUGUUGAAUUGUUUUUUCCAAAUCAUUUGCCUGGUAUGAGCGUCAGCUGUCAAAUGAUCCCAGACUACUUGCACCCAUUCACUGUCCCCACCAUCACUUUGUUCAUUCCUUCUCCCCUUCACUUUUUUAAGGUAAUGACCAGGUGGGCAACACUACAGGAGGCAAAGCUUUGGCCAGAAGUUCUUGUAGAACUGCAUGUAAGAACAAUUCCAGCUUCAUGCAAUAUCCCAGAUGUUCUUGUCACUCACUUUUUCAGUCAUUCUGACCCAAUGAGGCAGGAUGGUUUUCUCCCUCUUGCUAUGGUCUGGGACCAGUGAGAAUGACCCUGCCAGGAAUUCAGGACAAUCACUCUAACUGUGGCAAUACAAAGUAGUUUCUUCUUCCCCUGCCUGUAAGUAUGUUGAAACACCACCUCAGAAAUAGGACAUGAAAUCAGAAUCUUGUUAGCUAUGUACAGAGACUUCAGAGGUUACAAGUGAGGCUUGUUUCUGUUGGUUCAAACACUGGUCAUCUGUUGGAGAAAGUUGUGCUGCACUUUUUCAUAGAAAUAUUUUGAUAAGGAAACAUUUGUAAAGUGUCAUCUUGGUUUUAUAUUUACACUUUAUUCGAUCUUCCUGUAAGGUGGUAGCAGUCAGUUGCAGCACUGGAACUGAGACCUGUAUGGAGUAUGGGAUUUAAUCUGCAUUCGUCAGGGGUUUUCUCACUGAUAACUGUGGACUGUUACAAAGCAUCAUAGGUUAGAUUUUGUUCUAGUAUAAGUUCAGGAGAGUUUUAUGGCACCUUUAGCAAAAUAGCUAGAAAGUAAGCCACAAGAAAAAUUAAUCAGGCUGAGGGUUUAAAUACAUUCUGCGUCUGCUAGAUACGAGCAGGCCUUGUCUGCAUCUGUGAGGAGAAUCCAGAACAACCCUGAAAAUCAGUCUCUUUCCAGUGACACCAGAAGGUGUUUGCCAUUUGCCAGUCCUCUUGAAGAAAUCAGGUUUUACUUUGGAGUCUUUAUCUCAGCAAUUAGUGUAUGAUGUGUAAUGCUCAGAUAAAAGAUGUUACUAAAAUGCUUGUAAAAACUGCCUUUGGAAGACAGGAAAAGAAAGAGUCAAUGCAGAUUUCCUCAGGGAACAUAAGAGGGAUGUAAAGGCAGGGUAUAGUUUUAUUUGAAUGGAAGAUGGCUAAGAAAUUCAUUUUUUCUAGACAAAAUUAAAGAGCAAUAUGUCACUACUUGAAUUACUGAAAUUAGAAGAAAGCAGUAAUUACUGAACAAGGUCUUAAUGCUACAGCUUAUAAUGUUCCAAAUAGGGAAAAAAAAAACAUGUUUGAUGAUAUAAAAAUACAGAAAGUGAGCUUGAACCAUAACCUAAUUAUAGUGUAAAUCUAUACAUUUGUAUAAAUCUUUUAGGAAAUCUACUGUAAAUAUGAAGGCUUCUUGUUUAUAUAGCUGCUUGGUCAAAGGAUACUUUGUCUGUAAUUGUGUCUAUAUAAUUGUAUACUUCAUACCAAAUUACUUCAGCAAGCAAAAAAAUACUACUUUAGCAUGAUAUCCUGGAGGUGCUGAGUACCCACUUUGCAAAGUGCUCAUUCUACAUGGAAUUAAAAAAAAAUGUGGCACCAUGGGUUUGGUAGGUUUUUAUCAUAUCUGCAAAGGUAUCAGCUUCAGGAAACCUAAGAUUUUAUUAAACCCUGUUAACUGGUACUUUGAAGGAAUACAUAUGCAAAUUCUCAUUUUUUUCUUUCUUUGUAUACAAAGAAAUUACUUUGGGUCCAUAAUAAUUUUUCCUGUCAACUCUUUCUCCUGUAUCCAGGGACUCCAUUCUGCAAAUUCCCAGAUAUUUAUACUGAAGUGAAUGAAAAUGAGGAUCUUCAAUAUUAGGACCUAAAAGUGUAAAUAGCACCUGGCAUCAGAAUUUGUAGUAUCAGUAUUUAGCUGUAGUAAUUAAUUCUUGCAGUGAAGCCAACACAUCUUUCAGGGAAGGGGAGCACCUAACCUAUAAACCAGCAGGUUUGGCUGUGCAGAGGUAAAGCUACUGGUAUUCCAGCAGUAAAAUGUAGGCUCACAUAGAUCAGAGCACUCAAGUAGGGGUUUAACUCUAUGUGUGAGUUCUCCGUUGAUGAGACUACGUGUGUUUCUAAAGUUAGGCACACAUUUGUAUGCUCUUCUUAAACCAGGCUUUUGGCAAGAGCACAUACUCUUAUAGCUUUGUUUGAAAUAUGCACUUUGUAAGACAAUCUAUCUUUCUCUGCUUUUAUGCAAUUUAUCUUGUAUUUAGAGACCAGACAAAUAUAGAGAAUUUUGUUUUCUAAUGAUUUCUUGCAUUGCAGAGGGAAAGAGAGAAUGAAGACAGGUUUAACCAUACACUUGAGCAUGUGAAAGCAUUGCCUAGGUUUGUAAACGGUGUCCAUUUGCCAUCAAGUUCAAAGGAACUAAUUUGAGCAUGUCAAAAAAACCAGCACAUGACAAGCAGGUCACGUUACAUAAAUGUAUAUAGUUCCAUCUGUAUUCCCUGUACGCUCAACACUCCUCCAGGCAACUGGAGUCAUCGGAGCUCUGAGUGUGCAAGGAAAUACAUGUUUCCCUAAAAGCUUUAGAAAUGCUGUGCUUUUAAGCCACAGAUGAUGUUGUCUGUGUAAUUUGUAGUGUUAAAAGGAAAUAGAUGGUAGCCUUAUUAACAAGGUGCAAUACUUACAAAGGGCUAAAUUAUGGAAACAAGUCGUGUGUGUCUGUACAACACUUCAAAAUGUGCACUCUUUUAAAACUGACUUUUAUAGCACUGGGAUCUUAUUACCUCUCUGAAAUUAUAAUGCUGGUAUAAUUUUAUAACCAUUUUAUACACCAUGAAACAGGAUUUGGGAUUGCUUGGCUUGAAAUUGUAUUCUUUUGAAAAUAACUUUUAAAAUAGAGAGAUUCCUUCAUCACAGUAUACAGCCUGAAUGGGAUCAUACAACAUGAUCGGCUCCAUCUUAUAUGGAGAGUUCAUGCAAGUUUAUGUAGCUUAUAUACCUACAUAGAAGUAUGUAACAUCAAGGAGGUUAUACAGGAAAAAAUUACAUUAAAGGUUUGUAGUUCAGUUAUGAAAAGGGUUUCAACAAUCAAACUAAAAGCUCCACUUACAUUUUUUCUCUCCAUCUGCACCAUGGGAUCAGCAGAAUACAAGUUGCCAAGUAUGGUGUAUCUUGCUAUCAUACACCUUUUUUUUUUGCUGUUAAAUAAUGACAGACAUGCCAUUUUUCCAUUGCUGUUAUUGUUCUGUCUUAAAGUCCAGAAUUAACUAAAAGGCAGAAAUAAUCUCAUCUGUUAGACAAAAGUUCUUUGGUUGUUUCGCUGUUUGACUGACUUACAGCAAAGGCUGAAAGGACAGGCUCAAAUUCAGGGACAUCAGUUGAAAGAGGCUUGAGCCAGUCAGGUAAGACUUGAAACAGAACUGCUCAGAAUCAGAUCCCAGUAGGAGGAAACUAGUCUUAAGCAGUCAGUUGCAGAAGUUUUUUGGUUUGUUGUUUUGGUUUUUUUUUUAUUACAAGCCUGAUGAAAAGUCUUGUUACGCAGUUAAGAGCAAAAUGCAGAUAGUGGUAUAACUAGCUGGGCCCUCGAAGCAUUGCAGAUUUCCUCAAGAGAGAUGCAAUUACUUCUGUAAAUAACUGCAGUGACUAGGACUGCUCAUACGGGUAAGGGGUAUAGAACAAAAGCACGUGGGUUUUCCUCCAUGUGACUAUUUCUACUGUAAUUGAGAGUGUGAGUGCUUGAGAAGAGGAUUUUGCUGAUAGGCUUUGUGAGAGGGAUGGAUAGGCACCCAGGCACAUUGGUGGUGCGGUUGGAAGAUGUUGGCCCAGUUUCUAGCAGUACCAAAGCAGCAGUACUUUGGAUGUGUCACUUUGUGACAGAUUUAAGAGCUGUUAAGUACAUGGUAUUCAGCCUGUAAUCUACCCUACUGAUAGCAGGCCCAGGGAGAAGGAGGAUUCUUGGGAUGGGAUCCAGUAUAGCAAACCUGUUGUGAAGUGAGUCACUACCAUGAUCAUUUGCUGUCAGCUGGAGCAAGUGCUGCACGUGUUAUGUCCAGCCUGAGGGAAGUGGUUGUCUGCAUUCAUUCAUGACCCACAGUGCAGAAUGCUCUUUUGAAGAAUACUCUUUCUUUCAGAGCUUAAAAUAAAACUUUUGGAGGACUUUUAUGUUAUAGAAGGUCACUAAAUAAAUUACAGUAUUGCCAGAGCUGAAACCAGAAGUGGUGGUUUCCCUCCUUCCAGAGCCAUGCUGCAGCUCCCUGAUCAGCUGGUGGGAGCACGCUCCUGUAUGGGCUCUUCAGACCCCCAUAACCUUAGCUUUUUCCCCAAGAUUUACUGGAACCCUAAAGAGCCCUACACCAGGCCAAUGAGUUUGACCCUCAGCUAAAGGAAGCUAUUUCCAGCUCUUUCGCAACUCCUCCACUUCCUAAACAAGUGUUUUAUUAGUAGACUUUUGUAAAGGGGGCAUUGCCCCAUGAUUUCCCAAUGGCAUUGCUAACACAGCACUAGCAACCCCUGCAUUUGCAAGGAACCAGACAUCAUCUUUGUUAGUCAUGGAGUUUAGGCCAUAUUAUUUUAGAUUUUAUCUCUACAUUUCGCCUAACAACUGUAGUUCCACAGCAGAUUAAGUUGGCAUAAGCUUGUGCUACUGUUGAAAGAGCUGUUCUACCCUGGCAGAGACAUUUCUAGAGAGAAAUAUCCUGGGAUAUGCUAGCUUGAACCACUCCUAAAAGUGUAGGUCUGUAUAAAAUGCCUAAAGGCUACAUCAGGAUAUGGCUUGUUGGGUUGGUACCUCUGCUCUUCAUGUGGUAGACAUGACAAUACUGCCUUUAUCUCACUCUGUCUUGGCUGGAGUCUCAUUAAGGGCCUGGACUUGCUCAUACUCUUCCAGUAUUUAGCUCAGGAGAGCUCCACUAACACAUGGUUGCUUAGCACUAAUAGAGUACCAUAAAAACAGCACCGAUUUUGAUACGGAGUCUUGGAGGUGGUGGGGGGAGAGUUAGAUCAAUAAUCCUACGUGCAGUGAGUCUUAAGACUGUUAACUGUGCCAUGGUUUUGCUAAGCAGAUACUGGAAGAGUUAAGGGACAUGAAAAGCAAUCUUACUGGGCCGUGUUCCUCCCUGGUCCAGGAGUGUCCUGGAGCCAACUUGAUGUUAUUCAGGGUAGUCUCAGGCCAUGCAAGGUUUACUGGGGAAUGUGAUACCUGUGCAAGAUCUGUGGGCCACAGAAAACCAGGGUGUACUUCUUACCCAGACAUAAUGGCAAGUAGGAAAGAUCCUCAGCUGCUUUGCUAGUGCAGUUUUCCAGCCUCUCUUUAUUAUAGGAUCAGUGUAAUGGUGAUGGGACUGCUGGGAAAAGGUAAAGGCUCAUCAGUUAACUGAAGGAAGGUAACUGCCAGCAUCAGUUGCACUAUGUUUUGUUAAACUCUGUGAAGAAAGUAAGUACGUUUUCUUCUCCUCUGCUAGUCAUACUGUUUCAUAUAAGAAAAGUAUUUCCAUCACAGAAGGGGGUGAAUUUAACACUAGUUAAGCAGCUGCUGGCUAGUUGCCCAGUUUUUAUUAAUAUGGGAUUUCUAAUACACUCUGUUUGCGAAGUGCGAGUAAGCACUACCGACUAAGACUGCAGUACUUAGAGCCGUACACCCUUCCAUCUCACUUGAGUCACAAAAGGGAAAUAAGUGCCCACAUACAUUGUUCUUCCUUUGUUUCCUAUCAAAUAUGGUUUUAGAGAACAUAAAGUAAAUGUAAGUUCUUUUUUUAAUUUUUUUUUUUCUGAAUUAUUAUUUUUGGAACCAGAGCAUUUCUCUUUCACUCAGUGUAAAAUUACUGUACUUUUAUUUGCUCUGCAUUGCACUUUAUGUAUUCUUUUCACUUGUUGGGCUUUUGUUAAUCUAGUUUUAACUAGAAAUUAACCAUGAAACGAAGAUGUUUUUAUAAACAUGCAAGUUCCAUAAAAUACGGCAAAUAAACUAUUUAGGUCAGAGAUGUUUUUAGUGAUAUGUUGAAAUACUAUAGCUUCUGUAAUUAUUUACCGUUUGGUAAAUUUAAUACAUUAAUGGAUAGUAUGGUUUAAAAUGGAAUGUAAGUAAGCAGAAGACAAAGUUCUAGACAUUGGAUCUGCUUAUUUGCAUUAGUUUAACUGAUACGGGUCUUAACAAAAUUAGUCUGAUCUAGAUUAAAGAAUUAUAAAACUAUUUAAUAAACCAGGUUCAAAUGAAAAGAGGUUACAGAAAAGUUGAAAUUGGAUUAACCUAAUUGCUGAAGAAAUAGUAUUUUCCACCAGGCUAGUGCAGAGCUGUCUAGUGGGCAGUCUGAUAAGCCCCUUGUCCCUGGAGGGACUGAAUUCAUACAAGACACUACCUGAAGUCAAAUGGGAGUAUGUAUUUCCCUGCUAUAAGCAGUAGCUCUCCAAACUCUUGUGAUUACAGAUGUGUUUCCAGGGUGACAAUAGUACUUCCAUUUGUUUUUUUCCUGCCUUCAUCCCCUCUAAUUAUGGGAGCCAGUGUCAUAAAGACAAUCUUCUUGUUCCUAAAUGUGCUAAUGAAGAGCUUACUUACCUUCUCUCUGAUUUUGGUGUUAAACUUGCAGCCCUAAUACAACGGCAUGUAGUUUAGCUUAAGAAUUUUUAGAUGCCAGUUAAAAGUAUUUAAACAAAGAACAGCUACUCUAUCCCAGUACAAAAUUCAUUUAAAUCUUGUGGAGCAUACUGAAAAAUAAAGACCUGUUUUACUUUUACUUUGUCCAAACUCUUUAUUCCAAAUCAUACCUGGGAAGAUGGAAGUCUGCAGUGACUGGAAAACAAAGCAUACAGUAGUGAAAGAAGAGAGAGAUGGUGAGACUCUCACUUUCUUCAUGGGCUCUCUUCUCCCAGGCUGAUGUGUGUGUGUGCACAGACCACACACAGCUCUGAAGUUCUCGACACCAUGAUGUGAAACCCUUUCAAAAGCGCUUUGUCAGCCACCUCCCGCAGCCUUUUAAAGAGGCUUUCAGACAUCCUGCUUUUUACAUUUCUACAUAAAACUAAAAGCUAACCUCUGCUCCAGUAGCAUGAUUACUGUCUCACCUUGAGCUGCAAGUAGAUCAUCCUGCUAAUUUUAAUCAAGCUACAGUUUUUGCCUACAAAAAUGGGCAAGAUCUGGGUAUUUCUGCAUGUUGUAAAGCGGUGGUGUCCUUUUAGGGAGUAACAGGAGACUCUGGAACAUGGCAAGUGCACCGCCAAGUGACAUGCAAGCUUCGUGCUUGGCAUUAGUGGGCACUGGGAUACCUGUGCUGAAGAUAAAUUGUAGGUUAAUGUCACCUAUACAACCUACCACAGAACUGAGUGCUGCACAACACUGCUCAGGUCUUGUAAGUGUGGAAAAACGAAGCUUAAAAGCUUUGCCCUAAGCACAGAGUGUCUCUGAAUACUCAGUUUGAGCUGGAGGAGCAAGAGCAGUGACAGGCCUACUCCAAGAUGGCAACCCAUCAGGCAGCACAAAUAACAGAUCUGUUGCCCAACUAGUUUCCCUAUUUUCAUGUAUGUUUGAAGGAAAGCUUAAAAAAGACUUCUACAUGAUCACAAUCUGAUUUGAUUCUGCCCUCUGGGGGCAUCUGUGGGUCAGCGCAGCAGAUUUAGAUAAGGUACUUCCACUGCCAGUGACUUGCACAUAGCAAAAAAAUCUGUUUCUUAGAAGCAGGUGCUUUUUCUUUUUCCUUAAGAUAACAAACCACAAUAAAAAUGCCAUUCUGCAGCCUUUUGUUAAAUUCUCACUGUCUCCCUGUAGCAGCUGCAGCUGGGGAGAACUCUAAAAGUUCAGAGAACCAUGGCCAUAACUCAUAAAAAAGCCUCUGCAACCUAUUGCUACUGAAAAUGUUCUUGUGCUAGACCAAGAACAUAGAGACUUGGGCUCUCCAAAAUUUCCUGUUGCUGUUCCUUUAUAUGAAAAUGGUGUUAAAAUCUUUGUGUCUGCAUCCAAGUCAAUUCUGCCUGCUGAACCAAAAGCACUUCCAACAGACUUCAGCCAUGCAGGGAGUCAUUCUCAGUAGAAGUCAUGAUGCUCCAAACAUUCUGAAUGUUUUUCUUAGAAAUAUUUGCAAAAUUAGCAAUGUGAAUGUUAAUGCCUAAAAGUCUAUGAAAAGAACUGAGUGAAAAUACUGAGAAGAAUGUGCUUGCACUUGAGAUGUUGAAGAAAGACUACUGAAUUACUAAUUUGCUAAGCACUUGCUCCUGAGUUUGAUUAAUGCACUAAACCAGCUUUGGACAGAGUUACUUGUAAGAACCAAGAAGGAAUACUUUUUUCCUCGAGUUAUCCAAGUUAUUCAUAGACUCAUAGAAUAGUUAGGGUUGGAAAGGACCUUAAGAUCAUCUAGUUCCAACCCCCUGGCAUGGGCAGGGACACCUCACACUAGACCAUGUUCCCCAAGCUCAUUCACUUCGGUAAUAGUUUGUUUCUAUUUACUGGGUUUUAGAAUGAGCAAAUCUUGUCCUCUUGCACUUCUAAUCUCCAUUGCUUGUAGGGAAAGAAUCUUUUCUGCUGUUUCAUUUCCCAGUGAAUGAUCAGGUCACUAGCUACAGGCAAUGUUUCUUCGCGUAGAUUGAAAAAUAGGCUUUGAUGAAUUUACUCCUCCGUGCAAUUCCUGAUUAUCUGAUUAUUUUUUCUAGCUUCAAAAAUGCUUUUAUGCAAUUUUCAUAGAUAUGGUUGAAUAACAAUUGCAAGGAAGAAUUUUAAGUAAUCUAGUAAGUGUUUUAACCACUUUUUUUCCUAAGUAAAAGUUGAGAACAUGAAGAAACAUGAAGUAUCAUGAACAAAGUCGAUUCAUUGCUGAAUUAAAUAUUUCUAGAACAUCUUGAUUAGUAAAAACAGUGAUCUUUGUGGAAGUUACCUUUAGGAGCAAAUCACUGUGUUUUAGUAAGCAUAGCAAGCGCGAAAGCAGGUUUCUUCAGAAAAAAAAACACAAAUGGAAAACAAGAUUAAGGUAGAUCAUUUAAACCAAGGUUUUCUCCUUGUCUUUAAGCCAAUCCUGCCUGGUAUGUUACUGUUGUACAUUCCGGGAUGCUCAGGACAAUAGACAUUCCUCAAGGGAAGCAGCUAGGUUCCAAAGUGUUAACUGAAAGAAAAAGUGAGCAAACUCGUAAGAUCUUCUAGCACAGCGAUUGCCAAAAAAUGCCAAAAAUCACUCUUCGCCUCUGAACUAGAAUUCAGCAUUUUAGAAGAAUCGUGCUUUAAUGUAGCUCACACACCAUAGUUAAAAGCAGAUUUCUGUUGGUUUGCUUCUUUGUCUUACAGGGCUUGUGCUUGGUAAUAAACCUCAGAAUGGGGUAUGCCAGUACCUCAGAUGACCACAGUUAAAUUGGAAUCUCUCAAAAUCCCCAGAUCUAUUACACGUUAUUACAGAAACAACAGUCUUUGAAUGAAAAACUACUUAAAAUUAGCUCAAAAAAAGUAAGAAGAAAAAGAAGCUAAUGCUUUAUUUGGGAAAUGCCAUUCAGCUACCAUUAACUCCUAGGCUGUGUGCUUAACUGGUCUCCUGUAGCUUUUUCAGGUUGCAAUUUUUGUUGAAAGCAAAUGCUGAUAAAACUACAUAGCAAAGAACUUUCCCUUGAUCUUUGUAAAUGAAUGUAUAUGUGCGAACUAUGCAUUUUCAUACAGGUACAUACUGUACCUUGAAUCAGUUCAACUCCAACCUCUUCCCCUAGGUUAGUAAUCGCCAAACUUCAGGAGCUGAAGGUGCUCCUAUCUCUUUUAGCGAAUGUUUGUCUCCUGUCUUGUUUCUGCUCUCCAAAAGCCUGAGGUGCAGGACAGAGGUGUGCUGAGCUACAGCUCAUCAGGAGCAGAGUGGCAGGGGGCUUGUGGCCAAGCAGGGGUCUGGCAUGCUCUGGGGAACCAGUCUGGAAUCCCAGGCCCAGCAUAUCCAAGCAGAGGGAUGGGUUACCUGUGCUUAUUCAGCACCAGCAUCUCUUGCACUUCUGCUCAGUGUCUUGCAUGCUUGGGCAGAAGUGCGGGACCAGGAGCUGCUCUCUCACACAGGGUCAGUAAGAGUCCGCAGCAACACUAGAACAAGCUAUGCCAAGGAGGUGGCCACUGCAAAUAGGGCUUGCAGCCAUGAUCCUCCCCCUUAAAAGAACCUUUUCAGCCACCCUACCAGCCCAGGUUUGUUCUUGCCACCACUCCUCCACAGUGCUCUGCAGCACACCACUUAGGAUGUGUGGAUGACUCCUUAGGGGUUGUAGACUCACGGCUGAGACCUGAUGCCCCAGAUGAUGUUAUGCUCAAAACACCCAAUCCUUCAUCCUAAUCAUUGACUGGACUCCAGGGCUGGGAUGUGUAAGAGACAAAAGAUCAGACCUUGUUUUUAGUGUAACAUCUGUUGGAAGAGAGUAGGAAAGAUGGAAAAUGGGUAUCUUGUUCUUGUAGUCUGUGCAAUUAAAUUAAUGAAAAAGGUAUUGCAUGUGACAUUCUUACUUAAACUUUGGGUUGUUGCUGUACUGUACAUCAACCCAGCCUGGUCAGUUAAUGAAGUGUGUUUCUUACAGCUUAUCCUAUGGCAAGAAAGAAAAUUGGAAGUAUUAAGAAUAUCCUUGCUUUAGAGUAAAGCAAGCCUGGAGAGAACAACAAAGAAAGAUUCUGUUUAUAUGCAAACUGUUUAAACGUUUGAUACCAGUCUGAAGGCAGUAGUAUUCUUAUCUAUCCAGAGAUGUGCACUGUUCUAGGUUGUGUUUAAUUGAAAAAUAUUUUUGCAGUAUGUAUCUGUAUUUGAUAGGCUAAGGCUUCCACUUUAUAUUCUUUACAGGAAUUAGAGUGGAAAUUAUGUUUUCCCCUUCAUUGAACUACCUGCCCAUGCUAGAUGUUCAUUUGUGUAAAGAAUAUUUCUACUACUUCAGAGGGGUUUGGGUUGGUUUUUUUUAAACACUGUCCUUUUCAAAGAAUUCAGUGCUUUUUGUAUGUUGCUCAAUAGAAAAACAUACUCCUUGCAGGGCCCUGACCACACCAUCCAGGAACUCAGUGACUUGAAAACAAUGCUUGAGGGCAGGGCUUUGGGUUUGUCAGCUUCUGCAUCUCCCAUAGACAUGACUGCUUCUGUCAGUGGGGGCCCUGCCCAGGAGGGUUGGGCAGAGGUGGCUGUAGGGAUGCUCAGACUGGUCCAGGAGGCUCUCUGGAGCUGACACAUCUCUGGUACCAGGAUGCACCAGAAACAAUAUAACAAAUAACAGCAACAGAAAGACACUUUCCAUUUCUCUGCAACUGUCCAGUGCGCUCAGUGUAGCUCCAGCUGCAGUCCUUCAAAUCAAAGCUUGGACUGCAACUGCCAGUUCUCUGCUGUCCCUUCCUAUCACAAGGUUAACUUUCUAAAAUAAGAGGGAGCUUCCAACUCUGGCACUGAUGGAAAUACUGAAUACUUUUAAUAUAUAUAUAUAUUUGGAAAGUAUUUGGAAAAAGCAUUUUGUCUUUUUUUAUACAACUUUUAGCCAAAUAGAAGUAUUCUGAUUAUUACUUCUGUGGAUACCUGUCCACCUGUAAAUAAACUCACAUAUUCAGAUACAUGAAUCUGAAGAAAAAAGAUAAAGACUGUUCAGUGGCUAUGCGCUUUGCUAGCUGUUGGUUCCUUUGUACAUAGGAGAUAACUGUUUAAAUGUUGGGUGGGGUUGUUUUUUUUUAUUUAAUUCUUGUUCCUCUAAAGAAAGAAGAAGAAAACCUUUUGACUUUGUUUUCUCUUUUCUGAGUUAAUACAAAGAUUUUCUAACUUUUUACUGCAGAAAUGGAUAAAUACCUGGUGCUAUGUGAAUUUGAGUCAAACUGGCCAUAGCAGACACACCGGUUAGAAUGCACUUUUCCUGUGGCACACGUUGUAUUUUCUCAGAAGGGACUUUCAAAGUACCAUGAGAUGUUUACAUUUCUUCUUGUUACCCCAAAUAGUUUUGGUUAUUGAAAUAACUCCCCAAAAUAAAAUCAUGAUCCAUUACCAAUGCGCUGAAUCCUUACAUUUAGGUAUCUACAACAGGUUUGUACAAAUACCAUUUUAGAGAUGAUAGUUGAAAUAUUGGGCUUUCAUACUUUGUAAUGCUUUGAUGUGACAAUAAAUAUGCUGUUGCUAUCUAGUCUAACCUCAUUGUAGACCUGUAACUUCCUGUGUAUGGUUAUGUCAUAAUUUGCACUGGCUUGAAUUCAGCCAAAUACUGACUGUUCAGCUGAAAUACUCCGACUGUUAUGAUGUCCACAAAACAUUAAUUAAAUACACUUGUUUCCGA